CCCGGUGAUGAUGUGGUAUGGGCAGGGAUUGGAAGCUUUCCACUUUCCCCGCUCGGAGUAAAAUACACCGUGACGAAUCGCCUGAAUCAACCUACUACCCUCGAGGUGAGGUGCUAGCAAUAUGUGCAGAUCCACGUCUGGUCCAAGUAUAAAAUGCAUCUCACCUGCACGUCCGUUUGACUCGGCGGUCGAGCCUCUCCUUUCCCUGGUCUCCCGCCCACUUCGCUCCUAAAAAGUCAAUUGGCCCUAACUGAGCCCGAGCCCAUAGCCAAUUCCUCAAAAGAAACCGGCUCUUAGUCAGUCUGUAUAGGUAGCAGACUCAUCUGAUCGUCAACAUGCGAGGCAGUCUACUUGCUUUGGCCGGCCUGCUGGCACCUUUCUGUGCAGCACAGGCAAGCGGAAACACUACCCAGUCGACACCGAAGCCUGAUAAGGAUGGGAAGUACUGGAUCUAUGGCAAAGGCAUCUCGGCGGCUUUCGUCCCGUACGGAGCCUCGAUAGCCAAUCUGAUGAUCCAUGACAAGCAUGGCAUCGAAAGGGACAUCGUCACGGGAUUUGACAACGCCACCUUCUACACCGAGGACAAGAAGCAUGAUCACUUUGGUGGUAUUCCUGGCAGGUAUGCGAACCGCAUCAAGAACAGCACCUUUGAGAUCGACGGUGUGCAGUACAAGAUUCUGCCCAACGAGCACAAGACUGCAGAGUUCCCCGAGGGGCUCAACACCCUCCACGGAGGUCCCAAUGGGUGGGACUGGCGCAACUUCACCGUUGUCUCGCACUCCAACGACAGCAUCACCUUCUCCAUCCACGACGCUGAUGGUGAGCAGGGCUUCCCUGGCGAGGUGGUGUCGUAUGUCACCUACACCUUGAAGGACAUGCAGUGGGACUUCAAGAUCAUCGCCCUCUCCUUGACCAAGAAGACGCCCAUUAUGUUGACCAGCCACACCUACUGGAACCUUGAUGGCUUCUCCAACAACGAGACAAACACCAUCUUCAACCACACCUUCCACAUGCCGUAUGGUGGCCAGAGGGUUGCUGUCGACAACAUCCUCAUCCCGACCGGCGACAUUCUGGCCAACCAGCGAUACUCUGUCAACGACUUUUGGAGCGCUCCCAAGCAAAUUGGUGCCAACAUGACCUCUCCUGAUCUGCUUGGCAACUGCGGUUACAACUGCACCGGAUACGACAACUGCUGGCUUGUCAACCGUGACCAGAGCGGCCCCUUCGAUUGGCGCGAGAGCGAACCCGUGGCGAGCCUGUCUUCAGCCUGGUCCGGCAUCAAGCUCGACAUCUACUCCGACCAGGAGGCCUUCCAGAUGUACUCGUGCGGUGGCCAGGACGGCACCAUGCCGCUCAAGAAGACCCAGGGCAUUAACGACAACCCGGAAUUCCCUCGUACCAUUCCCCAGUACGGCUGCGUCGUGCUUGAGGUCCAGGACUACAUUGACGCCAUCAACCAGCCCAGCUGGGGACGUCAAAAGAGGCAGAUCUUUGGCCCCAGCGACGACCCUUAUGUCGUGCAGGCCAGCUACCGCUUCAGUGUGCAGUAAGCGCACUUUUGGGAGAAAGAGAAGAGAGUUAUGUUUAUAUGAGGCACGUGCGACGACGAGUUUUGUAUAUGUGAUUUAUUUCACUAUCGUGGUUGCCGUGGCUUCGAAUGUCUCAC